GUAGCUGGGCGGUGCUCCGGCCUCUCUUUUUCUGGUCGUCGAGCAGCAGAGGGGGAAUUCUCGGACGAAGCCUGUGUGGUUUGUUUCCCGUUACCGCCCGUCCCGUCUUUGGCCCGUUUCCUGCCUACCUUACAUUCGGGCAUCUUUUUUAUGAAUAAUCAAAAGCAGCAAAAGCCAACGCUAUCUGGCCAGCGUUUUAAAACCCGAAAAAGAGAUGAAAAGGAGAGGUUUGACCCUACCCAAUUUCAAGACUGUAUUAUUCAAGGCUUAAAUGAAACUGGCAACGACUUGGAAGCAGUAGCAAAAUUUCUUGAUGCUUCUGGGGCAAAACUCGACUACCGUCGCUAUGCAGAAACGCUUUUUGACAUCCUGGUGGCUGGUGGAAUGCUGGCACCAGGUGGUACUCUUGCCGACGACGUGAUCCGUACUGAUGUUUGUGUGUUUUCAGCACAAGAAGACCUAGAGACCAUGCAGGCAUUUGCUCAGGUAUGGGUGCACGUUACAAAUAAUCAGACGUUACUGGAGAAAGGCUUUGAAGAAGAGGUCAAAAAGCUGUUUCUGUUUCUGAAAGGGUUUUCAGAGUCUGAGAGGAAUAAGCUGGCCAUGCUUACUGGUAUUCUUCUGGCCAAUGGGAUUCUUUCUGCAUCAAUUCUGAACAGUCUCUAUAAUGAGAAUUUGGUAAAAGAGGGUGUUUCGGCUGCAUUUGCAGUAAAGCUAUUUAAAUCAUGGAUCAAUGAAAAAGAUAUUAAUGCAGUAGCUGGCAGUCUUAGGAAAGUGAAUAUGGACAAUAGACUUAUGGAACUGUUUCCGGCAAACAAGCAAAGUGUAGAACACUUCACAAAAUACUUUACAGAUGCCGGAUUAAAAGAAUUAUCAGAGUAUGUCCGCAAUCAACAAACAAUAGGGGCUCGUAAGGAACUCCAGAAAGAACUGCAGGAAAUGAUGUCAAAAGGAGAGCCUCUUAAAGAGAUCAGUAUGUAUGUAAAGGAAGAAAUGAAGAAAAACAACAUCUCGGAGCAGACUGUCAUUGGUAUCCUGUGGUCUAGUGUGAUGAGCUGUGUGGAGUGGAACAAAAAAGAGGAGCUGGUUACAGAGCAAGCCAUCAAACACUUGAAGCAAUACAGCCCUCUCCUUGCUGCCUUUACUACACAAGGUCAGUCUGAACUGACUUUGCUGCUGAAAAUUCAGGAGUAUUGUUAUGACAACAUUCACUUCAUGAAAUCCUUCCAGAAAAUUGUGGUGCUUUUUUACAAAGCUGAAGUUUUAAGUGAAGAGCCCAUUUUGAAGUGGUACAAAGAUGCUCAUCUUGCUAAAGGAAAGAGUGUAUUUCUGGAACAGAUGAAAAAAUUUGUAGAGUGGCUUAAAAAUGCAGAAGAAGGUAACUAA